AUGGUUUCCACCGUCGAGCAGAUUGAGGAUUACUUGCAGUCUGUUGAAGAAUUACUAUUCUCCUCUCUUCAGGCUGCGACUCCAGAUUUGCCUCGUGUCAAUGAAGCCAUUCAUCGUCUUUGGGAAGAUAUCUCGCGAUUCGGACCACAAUCCUUACCUGCUCUGCCAGAUCUACAUAUCCCUGGACUUGGUGCGUUUGAAGUUCCACCACCGCCUCCGCCGCCGCCGCCGCCAUUGCCGCAGUCUGUCUGGAAUCGCUCCGCAUCCUGGCUUGUAGACCAUCCGUGGACCACCACCGGAAUAACUAUCGGAUUGGGCGCAGGUCUCCUCAUAGGCUAUGGACUGUACCAACCAUCUGUAAAACAUGCAAGAGCAAGGGGAGUAGGAGGUUCAAGUGUGAGGCAGGUCGUCGUCCUGCUCGGAGGAGACGCGCCGUCCGGCCUCCCACUCAUUCUCGAGCUUGAGAAGAAGGGCUACAUCGUCAUCACUAGCGUGGCAACCCCGGACGCUGUCGGUGAGAUCGAGCGGAGGUCCCAUGGCUACGUCCGUGCUCUGGUACUCGAUCCGGCGGAGCCCGACACGAUCCCGUACUUCCUCCGCUCCCUGUCAUCCACGCUCUCGAGACGCUUCCCGAUUACGGCCUCGGGCGAUCCACAUGCCUCAUCCUCCAGUCGCCUCUACAUCCACUCCAUUAUAUCUCUUCUAACCCUACCAGCACCCGAUAUCAUCCCCCCACUCACACCAUUCGAGCAUCUCUCACUCCGAGACACGUACACUUCGUACCUGCAAGCUACCCACAUGACCCCGCUGCAAGUCCUGCAGGCGCUGCUCCCCUUACUCCGCAGUCUCUUCGCCAACGAGCGCGACACAACUCACAAUAGUUUCGGCAAGAAGAGCAUCAUCGUUUGUCUUCCAGCAACGGAUGCGCGUGUGGGCAUCCCGUUCGCCUCUGCUCAAGCGAUGAGCGCUGCGGCGACGCUCCGCGGGGUCGAGGUCCUCCGGCGUGAAAUCCGCAUGUCUGCGCUGACAGACCCGUCGGCCUCGAUGCGGCACCUCAAGGUCGUCGUCGUCGAUGUAGGCGCAAUCGAUGGGCCUAGCAUCGCCCAGGAGCUCCCUGGGGAUGCGACGAAGCUGAUGGACGAGUGGACGCCAUCAGAAAAAGUUGCGUAUGGGACGGCAUUCACGUCGGUCGUCGAUGAACGCAUGAACGUGGGCGGAUAUCGGAAGCCGGCAGACGUCUCGGUGUUUGUGAACACUAUCCUCGACAUCGUGAGCAACGGACAAAAGAGCCGGAGCACGACGUUUGGUUCUGCGAUAUGGCUUGGCCUAGGGAGGAUUCGAGAGUGGAUCCACGGCGAUAGGAUUAUUGUCGGGGCAGGCGCGAGGACAUAUGCCAUGGCAGCGCACCUGCCCGCCCUCGUCCUGGACGCUAUUUUGAACAUUCCUCACUUUUUAGUUUCUGUCCGAAACGCACUCCUACCGGUCCCGCUGCCUGUACAUCGGCCCGAGGGACUGGCAAUGGUUACGCGCCCACCGACAGUUAUUCCUACAGAUAUACAAAAAGUUACUACCGUGACGGUUGCGCAACUGGAGGCCGAACAUCCACGCGAGGUCGAAGUCGAGCAUUCGGAAACUGGUUCAGAAGCGGACGUUGAGAGCAAUGAGGGAUACGGAUCUGGUGUCGCUGAGUCUUGGGUGAGCGUUCGAGAUGAGUAG